GCUUCUUCUGCUCAACCCGCUGCAGAUCGGAAGCCCUUCGCCGUUCUCUUCGUCUGCCUUGGGAAUAUUUGCCGGAGUCCAGCAGCGGAGGCUGUGUUUAGGGAUUUGGUUCAGAAGAGAGGACUGGAAUCUCGCUUCAAGAUCGACUCGGCUGGCACCAUUGGUUAUCAUGAAGGUAAUCCAGCAGACUCGCGGAUGAGGGCAGCAUCUAAGAGGCGUGGGGUUGAGGUAACUUCAAUUUCGAGGCCCCUACGGCCAUCGGAUUUUAAGGAGUUUGAUCUCAUUCUUGCUAUGGACAUGCAAAAUAGAGAGGAUAUAUUGAGUGCUUACGAGAGAUGGAGCUUUAAGGAGUCACUUCCAGCCGAUGCCCAAAAAAAGGUUAAGCUAAUGUGCUCCUACUGUAGAAAACACAAGGAAACUGAAGUCCCUGAUCCUUACUAUGGAGGCCCCCAAGGAUUUGAAAAGGUUUUAGAUUUACUGGAAGAUGCUUGCGGCACAUUACUGGACAGCAUCCUGGCAGAGAACAGUCACAUUACUGCGUCAUAAGUUUGUUUGAGGAUGCAGAAUGUAUACGUUAUUCGAAAAGUUGCAGUAUUUGGUGGCUAUGCCGUGACCAAUGUAAAUCAAUUUUAUUGGAAUUUUUUGUCCAUAAUCAUCUCUGCAGAGGCAGUAAAAUAAAUAAAAAAAAACUCUUGUUGUGUGAUCAAGGCUUGUAUGAUGCGUAUCUGUUUUAAGAAGUGAUUAUGUGCUUUUUAUUCGUAUUU